UCUCACUCUUGCUCUGUCUCUCUCUCUUUCUCUCUCGCUCUCUCUCGGUCUCCUCCCUUCUGUUCUUCUGAGGUAUAGAUGGAGCAGGCACAUCCAGCCAGCCCAGUCCAGAGAGCUGCACUAGUCCUGAGACCUCACCUCAGAGAAGUAGUCCAGCCACAACCACACACUCGCACACACUCAACCACACACUCAACCACACACUCAACCACACACCCUGAAAGAGCUCCAGGAUCUUCUGCCAGGGCCAGUCGGUUUUGCCCUCCUACUUAUUGAGCAGCCAUCCUACACCUGCUUAUCUCGUUACUUUCCGCCUUUCGCAAGACUUCCUUCCUGAGGGCUCCUGCAGACCACGAUUUGUGAACCAGGAGCGUGUACGUCAGAGGUGCUGCAGUAUUGGAGAUCCUGAGCCGGGCAGACGCUGUUGAUGAUGAUGAUGAUGAUGAUGAUGGGUCGCUCAAACAGCACCCUGGGGUCCCUCUUCCUCCUUGCGGUCAUCGUCGUCGGGAUAUGUUCGGCGGGAGCGCCCAUCAGGAGUAGAGUGAGACGGCAGAACAUGAAGGUGCGUAUCAACGCCACGGGGGACACCAUCAUCAUGAAGUUCCUGCGGCCCAACGCUGACACCAAGCUGGAGGGUUACAUCCUGGGCUACGGCGGCAGCAUGUUCUCCAAGCAGUACAUCCAGCUGCCGGAGAACGGACAGCCGUACGAGACGGAGAUGGAUGCUGAGCCCAAGUACCUCAUCGCUGUCCAGCCUAUUCCACUCAAUGACGUGAAGAAACAGUGCACAGGCAAGGUACAAGUGGAGAAGCCACUGCAUCUGGUCAUUGGCUCAGUGACCCCAACGUCAGUGCUCCUGUCCUGGGGAACUCUGCUGAAGACCCCCUACGAGGGCAACAUCAUGAAUGACUGUCUGGAAGAGGGGCAUUACACGGUGCGUUAUCGUGAGAGACACAGGAAGUGGAACUACCAAACCUGCCCCACCAGCGACACAGUCAUCGAUAACCUCAAACCCAACACAGCCUAUGAGUUUGGUGUGCAACCCAAUGGGCCCGAUCGGCCCGGAACGUGGAGCAAGCCAGUCAUCCACAACACCAACAUUGGAGACAAACCUAUCCAGAAACCCUACAAACCCCGUCAAGUGAAGCCUACGCAGAAACCUUUCGCCGGAGGCCCACGCACCUUCCCCUUCCCGCCUCGCCCUGUUCUUCAUAACAGGACCCAGGGCAGGCUGCCUGUCCCCCGGAAAAUAGGCCCAAAAGCAACCCUUGCUUCGACCCACGCCACUAGACAGAAUUCUCUGUCUAACCCCGGAACCACAAACCCUCUGCUCAAACUGCUCAUGGGAGAAGACCACUCCAGAUCUGUCUUCCCUCCUUUCUUGGAUGUUCUUCCAGCUCCCAGAGUCCUUCCUAAACUCCCCCUUUCCACCACUAUCGUGUCUUUAGUGCCCAAAACAAGUGGUCCUGUCCAGCCAAAGCCCCUUCCAACUGAUGACAAUACGCAGACCACCACUCAAACCCAUGCUCUGCAGAAUCUCAGACCACCUCCCCCUAAAACCACUCCCCAGUCCAAACCCCGUCCCCAUGUUACUCAGACCCAGGCACGAACCAAGCUCCGGCUCUCCCUUGCGUCACUUCCUCCUACAAAGACCAAUCACCAGUCCCAAACCCCCAGUGUCACUCAUUCUAUACUUCACAAUAAGACCAUGCCUUGGUUUCAAACACAACCCCUGCCAAAGACCAAAGCAGGGCCUUGGUUUGAACAGAAACCAAAACAAGUCAUUCAGUCAAGGCCCCAGCAGGCUCUGCCACCCAACCCCCGGGCUAGACCCAAGCCACAAUCCCCACCAAAGACUAAACCCCAAAUCCUACCCAGGCUAAAGAUCACACCCAAGCCGCAGCCACAAACAAAAAUCCAACCCCAGCCCAAGGCAGACACUCUUUUUCCUCGGCGUCAGUCUCAGGCCACACCACAAACCCGGCGUCCCAGGGUCAACCCAGGACUGCGAGUCCCAACGGCACCUAGUCAUCACGAGGUGGGCAAGCCUCUGCCAAGACCCGCCCUGGCGGCCGAGAGUGCCAGUAGUAACAAGCAGGGUACCGGCUUCAAGAAACCCUCAACUGGCGCCGUACCUCGCACCACCACCACCACCACCACCUCCACCACCACUACCACCACCUCCGCCCCCACCACCACCUCCACCACCACCUUCACCACCACCACCACCACCGCCGCCGCCACCACCACCAAAAGCCCGACCACGCGUGUCACCCCGGCAGCCCGAAACACCGGCCAGUCUCGUGGCAGGGUGGCAGCUAACCCCGCCUCCCCUCUAGAUCCCCGCAGGCCAACCAGGGUGUCCAACUCCACCCACCGCUUCAACGUGCCCGGGGCCUCCGGGGAGCGUCACAAGGGCCAUGCUAUCCCCAAGCCCUUGCUGAGGUCCAGAGAUAAACUGGGCUCCCCUCCGAUUCUGCACCCCUCUCUUCCUGUCAGCAAGAGACCAAACCUGGUGGGGAAACCCAGUGACCACCAUGAUAAACCCAUGGAUCUCAAGCAGGGCGAGAAGGAGUCCAUCCUAAAGCCUUUCCCCCUGGUGACGGCCAAGCCCAAACAAGAGCGCAAAACCACAACCACCUCUUCUCCAGCAUCUAAUGUCACCCGGUUUGAUAUCUCAGAGAACUCCACCAUAUUCAGCUCCCAGCCUGCGUCGGACGUCGACGCCAUGGGCAAGAAGCGCUUCGUGGCCCCCCAUGUGGUCUACAAGACGGACAAGAAGCCGGACGAGCCCUGCUCCAUCACCAACUCCCUCACCUUCUUCCCCGACGAGGAAGCGGGCGAGCAGAACGCCACGGCGGCCCCCCGCCUGCCCCCCACCAACCUCACGGUGGUGACGGUGGAGGGCUGCCCGUCCUUUGUCAUCCUCGACUGGGAGAAGUCGGACAACGCAACCAGGGAGUACGAGGUGAUCUCCACGACUAAAGGUCCCCAUGGGGAAGAGGUGUCCAUUUUGACGACCAACCAGACACACACGGCCGUGGAGAACCUCAAGCCGGAGAGCAGUUAUGAAUUCACCGUGUUGUCAAAGAAUGAGCAUGGAUCUGGACCGCUCAGUGUGCCUGUUACUUUUAGCACAGAGUCAGCCGACCCCAGGGUCAGCGAGAACGUCUCAGGGAAAGACGCCAUCUGGACUCAGUUCCCGUUCAAAGCCGACGCAUACUCAGAGUGCAAUGGAAAACAGUACGUGAAGAGGACCUGGUACCGCAAGUUUGUGGGCAUCCAGCUCUGCAACUCGCUGAGAUAUAAAAUCUACCUGAGCGACUCACUCAAUGGGAAGUUCUACAACAUCGGAGACCAGACUGGACACGGUGAAGACCACUGUCAGUUCGUAGACUCCUUCCUGGAUGGGCGUACUGGCUCACAGCUAAUGGCUGACCAGCUGCCCAGCAAAUCAGGUUUCUACCGAGCCAUGCGCCAGGAACCUGUCCACUUUGGCGAGAUCGGCGGGAACUCUCACGCCACCUACGUAGGGUGGUACGAGUGCGGAACGCCCAUUCCUGGAAAGUGGUAAAUUCAACGCAAAGGGGGACACCUUUAAUUUCUUCUGAAAGCUACCUGGAAGUUAGGAUCACGUCACCGACAGAGAGAGGGAAGAGGGAAGGGGGGGGGGGGGGGGGGGGGGGGAUGGAGAUAAAAUAACAAAAGAGUCGCUUUAGUCAACGCACCGGUUCACACAGAGGGUGGUGGGCCGCGCUUUCUGGUUGCCAUGGACACCCCGGCUAUUGUUGGUUGCGUCUGCUUAAAGCGGAGCCGCUCUCCGGCGCGUUGACGUGUACAGGAACAUUCAGUGUGGCGGGAGUCUGUCUGGUCCGCACGGCCCUUCAUUUCACUAUUUAUCAAACAUGAUGUCAGGCUAUGAGAGGAAACUUCUAGCGUUUCCAAGUGAAUAUUAAAAUAUGAUCUGAGAGAGAAUGUUGGGAAGCUGGCUCCCAUAAUGUAGUUUGUAUAAUAUAAUUUAUCAAAUAAUUAACGUUAAGUGUAUCAUCGUGCUGCCUUUUGAGACGAGACAAACAAAAAACUGUUCAGCCGUACAUGCAUGACAUUUUUGUACACACACAAAAAUGUUGUCAUUGAUUGAUUGUGCAUUUAAAGAGAACCUAAUGUACUCAGGCCUGUAUUAUAUUCCACAAAACCUUCUGCUGGCCCUAAGGGAGUAUUAGCAUUUGCAGUUUGCACUGUUGUUCAUUUGUGUAUAUGGUGAAGUAAUGGCAGUGUUCAGAAUCAAGUGUGAAUUUCAGGUCUUCCAUGUCCUUGCUGCAAACAAAUUGUAUUAAUUUUAAGAAACGAUGUUCCGUGGGGUCCAAAUACAAUGUAUUUUUUUAAGUUUUCUACCAAUGUACGCAACCAAUAUUACAUUAUUUGUUUGUACCAUUUAAUGAUUUGCUAUUGAAAUAGUGUACAUACAUCUUUGGAUUGAGGGGUAUUAAAAGCAAUUGUUUUGCCUACAAUAAUAACAAAUCUGUUUGUGGAAUUUGUUUUUUCUUACGUUCAUUACAAAAAAUAAAAAAAUAUCUUCAA